CAGGGACCGGCACGGGUUUCCAUGGAGACUGGAAGAUGGCCUUGGCACUUCGUUCUCCCCAUCUGGGUUUCACAAUGUCUUCCCAGGACGGAAGAAGAGCAGCGCCAGCUGUCCCAAAAGGAACCGGUUUCUGGCAUUCUCCAGGGACAACUCAUUAUGGCAAAGAAACAAAAGAGCUGCUGAAAGUGAUGAUGGAGGAAUCCAAACUUACCAAUUUCCAGCAACGCCACCUCAUGGACUGCAUGAAACGAGGUGUUUCCCUGCCCACUCUCUGCAACCCAACAUCCAGCAAAGAACCACAGCUUGCGCAGCCUGCAUCCUCUCCACCAAAGCCUUGUCUUUCAGUCACUCUGUUGGCCAGACCUCAUCUCCGACCUGCCGAGAUCUGCCGGGCAGGCGAUGCCUACACCCGAGAGAAAUUCAAACCCCGGGCCACUCGUGACUUAGAGAGGGAGAAGCAAAGGCUCCAAAAUAUCUUAGCGACUGGAAAGGACAUGGUGGAACAGAAGCCACAGCAGAAGCCAGUGCGGACAGAGGAAGAGGAAAUACCUGAACCUGACCGGUUUGAAGAACUGAUGAAUGAAAUUCAGGAGCGGAAGGAAUUCCUGGCAGAGAUGGAGGCUCUGGGCCAGAGCAAGCAGUAUCGAGGGAUUGUCCUCACUGAAAUCUCACAGAAACUGCGGGAGAUGGAGAUCAUCGAUAAGAAGAGGAGUAAGGACGUAAGAGAGGCAAUGGCAAAAAUCUUCCCUGUGGGGAACAAAUCGGAUCCCAAUAGCUAGACCAAAACCAGACACCAGAGCAGACCAUUCCCACCCCUUCUUUCCUUGUCCUUCCAACAGGGCUGGGCCUCCUCCCUAGAAUGGUCACAGAACUGGUCUACGCCUAUCCAUCUAAGGCAGAUCCUCUUGGAGGAAUGUCAGUAGCACCUGUGGCAUAAACCCAAGAGGGCAGUAACUAUUUAUGCAUAGUACAAAACAGGAGAAAGUCUUUGCAAAAUCCUACCAACACUGAUUAGUCUCCCUUCAGGCAGCUGUUUCAUGGCUACGUGAACUUGAUGGUUGGGUGAACCAAAUCAGGGAAUUAGACUGGUUCCCUCCUCUGGAGGGACUAGGAGGAGAUGAAAAGACCUCAGCAUGCUCCAGUCGCCUCUGAAACAUGGUAAAGCAAGGUCUCUUUCCACCUAUGGCACAAGCCUUAAGGUGUCAGAACAAAGCUCACCUGCACAACAGACACCCGGAAGGAAAAUCUCUGUCCCUUUUCCAUAUGGCCCAAACUCUGGGGAUUCUGGUUGUUUCUGGUGGAAGCUGAAAAUUAAUGUGUUUACUUCCUUAUCACUAAAUCCAUAUCAUCACUCAUGUCAGCACAGCCCUGGAAACUGUCAGCUGCUGCUGCAGAGCAGGUGAGGGAGGAGCAACCACACUGCCUUACAUAAAUAUUAGCCUUGAUUUUAAUGUGAUUGCAUCUUGGUGAGAAUUUGUGGGGGUGUGUUUAGGAACUUGUCUCUUGCUCAUGCACUAAAACAUGCAGGCUUAGAAACAUGGCUACAGUGGGUUGGGCCAGGGGAAGAAUUCACUUUGGGGUUCACAGCGCAGGAGAGUCUGUUCCCUGAUCAUUUGUUUUCUGUUCCCUGGGAGCAUCUUGACAAGGACUGACAUGGCCAAAGGCAGAGGGGCCAAGAUAUUCAUAGAUUUUAAAGC